AUGUCUCCAAACAUGACUUGUGAAGCUCUCCAGACUUUUUCUCCAAGGCCAACUGUGGCCAAAAGAAAAGAGGCUCUUGAGCUCAGAAAGACUAUGAAACCUUUGAUGGAAAAAAGAAGGCGGGCCCGUAUCAACGACAGCCUGGACCAUUUGAAAAACCUCAUCCUUCCCCUCACAGGCAGAGAUAAGACUCGCUACUCCAAGCUUGAGAAAGCAGACAUCCUGGAAAUGACUGUGAGGUUCCUCAGCGACAUCCCCCCUGUUAACACCAAAAAUUCCACAGACAGUUACAAGGAAGGCUACAAAGCUUGCCUCCAGCGCGUCUCCGCUCUGCUUCCCAAAACGAGCUUGGAUCAAGACGCGUGCCAGCGGGUGAACGACUUCGUCCAGCAGUCUGCAUCCGCCACCGUCACCCCAACCUGCCUGAACUACACCGGCCACUGCAUCAUGUAA